AAAAUUUGUCACCAACUUGUUUCACUCCUUCGAUCGAGAAAGGAAAGGGCACGCAACCCUAGCGAUGGAGUUCCGGCGGAAGAAGCUCCAAAUCGUCGUACGAUCUCCCGAUCUCGGCCUUCCCGCUAGAUGCAUAACCCUCGCCCCUGAUCUCACCCUCCGCGGUCUCAAGCUCGCAUUCCUCCCAGGAAUUCUCCUCCGACAACCGCUCGCCUUCGAAUCCCUCUAUUUCGAUCUCGGCGGAAGGCCGCUCACGGACUCCUCCACCCUUACCGACGCCGGUAUCGCUGCCGGAUCAUCCGCCCUUCUCACCCUUCGCCUCCGCCUCCGCGGCGGCGGCGGCGAUGGCGGGGCUACCGGCGCCGAGUCCCGCGACUGCUACCUCAACAUGUAUGCCACCAAGAAGCCCGACAAGGUGGACCCCAAUGAGACCCGGCUGUCCAAGUGGACAACAUGUGCGCUCUCCGGCGAGCCCCUCGCCCCACCCGUUGUCGUCGACCGUCUCGGCAAUCUGUUCAACAAGGAGGCGCUCGUCGAGGCCCUAAUCCAUAAGAAUAUCCCCAAGGAGUUCAGUCAUAUUAUGGGAUUGAAGGACAUGAUCCCGAUCCAUUUGUCUCUGAAUCCUGGUGCCGCUAAUUCCGAGACGAGGUUCGAGUGCCCGAUCACGGGUCUUGAGUUCAAUGGGAAAUAUGGAUUCUUGGUGCUUCGUGGCUGUGGGCAUGUUUUGAGUGUGAAGGCCCUCAAAGAAGUCAAAUCUUCCGCUUGCUUGGUUUGCCAUAAAGAGUUCUCGGAGUCAGAUAAGCUUGUCAUCAAUGGGAGCAUGGAGGAAGUUGCAGUGCUGAGAGAGAGGAUGGAUGGGGAGAGGGGUAAAUUGAAGGAGAGGAAGGAAAAGAAGGCUAGUGCACACCUAAGUGGCACCAAGCAUGCUGGCGACGAGAAUGAUGGGAUCUUGGAUAAUGGGAGAAAGGUUGGAGGAGCGAAAAGGUUCAAGGCCAUGGAUAUGGUUCCUGCCAAUGCCACAAAAGAAGUUUAUGGAUCAAUUUUUAUUUCUUCGAAGAAAUCAGACUUCAAGGAGACUUUUUCUUGCAGGUCGCUUCCACUAGGCAGGAACUGAUUCUAGAAAUGACAGAUGGUUUCUUCAAUUCGAAAGGGUAUUUCCUGUAUCGUACUGUAUGGUUCUUCUGUAAUAUUCCAGCUGCUGCUUCAUCCAUUUAGGUUCUAGUGACUUCCCAUAUACCCGAUGCUUAUGACUAAUUCAUGUAAUGAUGAAUUGUAUGCCACAUCACCUUCUUCGUCCUAGCCCUCAAAUUGCAUCCUUGAUGUUUGGGCCUCUUAAAUAGAAUUUUAACUUGUAUCAGCAUGCAUAUGCUUUGGAAUCGAAUGGAAGUUUUGAUUA